AUGUAUGAAUACAUAGACAGCAUGGUGACAAGUAGAAACACCUUCUUCAUCGAGGAGAUUAGCGGAGUCCUCAUGCGUGCUAUGCAAGAGAACAAAGAGAACAAGAACAACAAGGCAGAAAUGGACAAAAUGAAGAGACUGGUUGAUAAAUUACAACAAGCAUCAGAUCGCUUGGAGCAAGAAAACAGUCAACUUCAGACAAAAUUGGCAGAUUACAAUAAACUGAAACUGGAUGUUCAGCAUUUACUGCAUGAAAAGAAUAAUCUUCUACAAAUUAAUGCGGAAACCAGUAGAAUGUGUCUUACAUAUUCUCAAGAAAGUAAGAGGAUGGAAGACAGAUGUCGCCAGGCCAUGAUUGAAAGAGACAAAGCUGUAAGACAGUGUCGGCAGUAUGAGCUGCGCAUUGAACAGUGCGAAGGUCAGUACAAGCAGGCUAACCGUUUAACACAGGUUCUUCAGGAUCAGCUGGACAAGGAAAGCAAAGAGAGGCUGGAUGAGAUAAAGAUAGAAAAUGAUGGGUUAAGGAGACAGUUGGACCAGAUGAAAAGACAGGUCAUGCACAGCGUGGCUCCGUCCGUCUCCGAGAACUACAGCCCAAUGGAGAUGGAGCUGGAGAUCCUUCGUGAGCAGGUGCGAGAUCUGGAACAAGCCAACGAAACAUACGGACAGGAGCUAAUGACAGCAAGACAGGCACAACAUGAUGCUGCUAAAGACAAACUCAAAUUAUGUGAGGAGAAUGACAAGUAUUUGAUCAAAGUGAAUCAGCUGCUGAAGGAAGUGGACCAGACCAAGCAGCAGCGGGAAGAGUACUGGGGCCAGCUCCAGCAGAUUAGGGCAGAAAGGGAUGAGAAUACAUAG